AUGCCCACCGCGCAUGAGGCCGAGAAGCAGCACACAGGGCCCGCGGAGGCAGACCAGCCUCCCUCCAUGUCCAGUCAUGCGGGGGCGCCGGCUGCCCCCAGCCGCAGCCCCUGCUGCUUGUGCUGGUGUUGCUGUUGCAGCUGCUCCUGGAGUGAAGGGCGGCGACCAGCGUGGCGGGCUUCCGGGGAGAGCAAGCUGCAGCCCCUCCCCAGCUGCGAAGCAUGCGCUCCGAGCCCCGAGGAGGUGCAGAGCUGGGCACAGUCCUUCGACAAGCUGAUGCACAGCCCGGCGGGCCGCAGCGCCUUCCGGGCCUUCCUGCGCACGGAGUACAGCGAGGAGAACAUGCUCUUCUGGCUGGCCUGCGAGGAGCUCAAGGCCGAGGCCAACCAGCACGUGGUGGACGAGAAGGCGCGGCUCAUCUACGAGGAUUACGUGUCCAUCCUCUCCCCCAAGGAGGUGAGCCUGGACUCCCGCGUCCGGGAAGGCAUCAACAAGAAGAUGCAGGAGCCGUCCGCGCACACGUUCGAUGACGCACAGCUGCAGAUUUACACGCUCAUGCACCGGGACUCCUACCCCCGCUUCCUCAGCUCCCCUGCCUACCGUGCCCUGCUGCUCCAGGGGGACCCCCAGUCCUCCCAUGAGGCCUAG